GGAAAUUCCACAAGACUUACACACACACACACACACCCUAACACACCUGUCUGUGUUAUUCAGAAUUGAUAACAGCUCUGCAAGAUAAAGUUGUUUACUUCAACACAAAAUCAUGGUAAUUUUUAUACAGAGAUUGGUCAGUAGCCAUAAUUACAUCAAAAUUAAAUACACUCAUUCUGAUUUUGCAGUAGUGAUCAUACUCGCUUUCGUUUUAUAAUUACUUAUACAUUUAAACCGUGCCCUAGACAAACACUCAUCUUUUUAUUAUGUAAUGACAUGGCCAUAGAGCUGCCAAUGAUUCAUCAUUGAUUCACCUUGGCAUUUUUAUAGUUUCUAAAGCUGAUUUGCUCUUUAACUUUCCAGACAUGCAGUAUGAUGUUUAUGAAGGUUUUAUGAAGAUUUCUGGUGGAUGUUUUUUCAUAAUGGCGGUAUUCUUUUUUUUUUUUUUUUUUUUUUUUUUUUUUUAUGAUUGUAACAAUUCAUGAAAUCCACAUUAUUUCUCUGGAACAUGGUGCAACCUCAAACUGCUAAAAGAAAAUGCAGACAGCCUUGUGGGUCGUGAUGGACUACCCAGGGUGUCUGAGAUAUUUAUGCCACUUCUUGUGCUUUUAUAUAUUUCUAUAUAGAUGUAUGUUGGCAACUGUAUAUGGCUCAGUUGUCCAAUAUUGACUUUAAAACAAAUCUCAGUUCACUUCCUCAUGAAACUGAAACGUAUUAGCAAUAACUUUGAGAGUCUUUGCUCUGUGUUAAAAGGGAUGACCUGUUCACCAUACGGUUUAACCCUGUACUUAUAAGUCACUUAAUCUGCUUAACUGCUGUUCCCACCAGUUAUACGGUUGAUAAAUAGUACAAUGGCAUUAUAAUUUGAUUUGCAUUUGAAACGUUAUGUGUUCUAAGUGCCCGAUUAUGUUUACUUUAUUUAACAGUGCCAUAGGAUUUUAAAAACAUCACAAAUGGGCACAGAUGCACUUCCGCUUAAGGAUAAAAUGAUUUUUGUCAGUCAUAUUAUAUGAACUUGUGUUGUGCUUUAAAUAAUAUCCUUGAUAAGAUGGAAAAAGAAACCAUGUGGUAUUUGAGUUGUUUGAUAUUUUGUGCAAUAUAACACUUAUUUUGUUUGGAUUGUAGUUUUCAUGUGUAGUAUUUAUUUGACUUGCGUUGUUUUCUUUUUAAGAAGUGUUCAGAUGAUGACCGCGCUGCGCUUUCACUAAUGGUCAUCAAGUCCGUGUUACAUGCAUACAAGCGGGUGCCGUUUAAAAGGGAAAUAAUUUGUCAUUAAAAUGUUUGCAUUGACUAAAUAAACAAGGAUUUAAAAAAAAAAAAAAGUUUUACAGCUUUUCUUAAGUGGUGAUUUAUUUAUAUCUAAUUUUACCUUUUGCUUAUGGAGUCUUUUUUCUUUUAUUAUUAAAAUGCUUUGGUGGAGGAAAACCAUAGUAAGAAAUUAACUUAUACACAUGAUUGGCUGCGAGUUAUUUACAACAGCAUCUGUGUGUGUGUGUGUGUCCAUGUUCAUGUGCUUCAGCAAUACAGUGCAGACUUUGAUCUUAGGUGGGUUCGAAUCAAAGUCAAAGAAUUUCACAGUCACAACCAAAGAGUUCGGAUGAUACGUUCUGAGCAAGUAUUAUAGCGUUCCCUCCGAAGUGGCUUUGAACACUGUAUGAGGGCUUGCUGUGAUGUUAGUGUCCAGCGUUGUGCACUGCAUAGCAGUUCUGAUUUUCCAGCUGUGGGGGGUGCAAACCCAUUCCCCUAUCCCUGCCUGUCCAGCCUCCUGCGUAUGUGAAAAGACUUUGCUCGUCAACUGUGCUUCAUUGGGCCUAUCCAAGGCCCCUUCACAUAUCCCAGCAACUGCCACUGCGCUGGAUCUAUCACAUAAUGCCUUGCAUUCUCUGGCUCCUCCCGGGUCAGGCCACAUGCAUUUACGGGGGCUUCAGCAUUUGUGGCUGGGAAAUAAUUCACUGGAGAGUCUAUCCAUGUGUUCAGGGAUCCAAGGUAUUUUGAGCACUAGGAGCCUGACUAGAAGAAAACAGAGAUGUGUGUCCUGGGCACCUGAUCUACAGUCGCUGUCUGCUGACAGAAACCAGCUAAAAUGUCUGCCAAGAGGACUGGGCAAUAUUCAAUCCCUAAAAGUACUCCAGCUCUCCCACAACAGAAUCUCUGAGAUUGGCCCCGCUGACUUGGCUGGUUGUACUCACUUGACUGAGCUUCACCUUCAGCAUAACCUCAUCAACACCAUCCACCCAGAAGCCUUUAAAGACCUGCAGAAACUAAAGGUCCUUGACUUGAGCUAUAACCUGCUGGCUACCAUACCUGUGCCAGCCUACCUGUCUCUACGGAACUUGAAGGUGUUGGUGGACAUUUCUGGAAAUAGGUGGAGGUGUGACUGUAACUUGAAGACAAUUAGAAGGUGGCUCAGCUUUGACAGGGAACUAGGUAAUCCAGCAUGGGAAGUGGUGUGUUUCUCUCCCUCUCACUAUGCUGGAAAGGAUCUGCUGUACCUGGAGGAAUCAGAUCUUGCCUGUCCACAACCUGUAUACAACACACCUGGUGUCAAAAAAGAGUUGACUGUGGAUGAGGGGAUGGAAUUAAUUCUUUCCUGUAGCACUGGCAACCAAGAUUUCAUGCACACUCAUUGGUGGACACCCCAUGGCCAAAUCUCUGACAGCCAACAAUUCCUUCAUAUCAGUAACAUCACAGAGCAUGAUGCAGGACUUUAUGUCUGCGUCUCAGGAUACCAGGAAGAGCAUGUGUCAGUUUUCAAUCUACGUGUUAGUAAAAGAGUUCAUGAGAGAAGACUGCGACGAGAAGCACAAAUUGGAUCGGUAGAGCUUAAUGGAGAGGACAAUGGUAAUAUACAGAGGAAUGUGCCAGCUGUACGAGCAGUGCAACAAUCUCAGUUUGUAUUAGCUGUCUGCCUGUCCGUCUUAAUCACGUUCAUUGUAGCCUUUAUCCUUGGUGUUAUAUUAAGACCGUUUCUGGAAAAAUGGUACAACCAAAUACGAAGUAAGAGGAAUUCUACUACAUCACCUUCAGACUUGGAAACUUCCUCAACUAGACAGAGGCCAUAUGUGAAUGAAGGCUAUUCGGAUACAGAUGACCCAGAACAUGAAGUGCGUGAAGGUCCAAGAGUGACAUUUGGGCAAGUUACAGAAAUACAGGAGCAAGGAGGUGUUCCAUAUUAUGUCACGGUAGAAGAGGGUCCAUCUGGGAGCAAUACAGAUUAUGAGAAUGCAGAGAAACAGGAAUCCUUGACAAAGCAUAUUAAGGUGCACAAAGAAGUGCCACUAAGAGAGGAAAAUAAAGAAAUGUCAUGCUCAAGAUCCACCAAGAACAUUGAAAGUAGCAAAAGAAUGCCCUAUGAAUAUAGCCCAGACCCAGAAGACACCACAGAAUUAGAGGAGAGAAGUAUUUCACCUGCAUCCUCUCACUCAGAUGAACGGCAAGAGCCACAGAUGUCUUAUGAGCAAAGUGUAGAUUCUCCUACAGUCAGCAUAUAUGAAGAUGAUGAUGAACAAGCCAGUACGGACCAUCAGGCAACAAUACCAGUAUUUAUUACUGAUCCAUUUCCAUUGAAGAUGUCUGAAUCGAAGGAUGAGAGCGUGGAUGAACUGGACCCAGAUUUAUGGAAUGACAGUGGAGAGAGUUUUUCAUUCACUGAGGGCUCACCAAGAUCAAGUAGUCGUGUUUCACAUGUCGCUGUUCUUGAUUAUCCAAUAAUUGAAAAAGAAAUGUCUGUAGAUGAACAGUCUGAUAGACCAAGCUCCUGUAACUCAAGUGAAAGUGGAGAGAGUGAAGGAGGACCCACAGAAUACACAGUCAACCCAGAGGAUGAUGAAGACUCAGAAACACAAGUUUCCUACUCAGAAAAUGAUGACAUUGAAAACAGACUUUCCCCUUUUGAAGAAGAUACCCUAAUUGAAAACCAGAAAACAGGCACAGGAGUUCCAUUCAGACAAGACACGAUUACCCUGGACCCAACAGAAAUACACAUGACUUAUACUCGAGGGGAGAGUUUUGAUGAUGAACAGUUUACCGAGUACAAAGAAUGCUUUCAUUCCUCAAAUAUUAAGAGUGAGUACAAAGAUGAACCUACACAAUACCAUGUGCAUCCUGUUUAUAGGACCAGUCGAAAGAACACCAGCCUGAUGGGGGAAGACAGAUCGCAUACCAGUAGCUGUAGUGAAGAUGAUGAAGAUAAACAAGGAGACUACCCCAGGAGACUUGAGAUAAGUUUAGAACAUAAGGUUCCUAGCACUGAGGCCACACCAGUCAUAAGCCCAGACAGGCUUCUCAAUAUUGACUAUGACAACUCCUCAAGCAGUACAGAUAUAGAGGACAAGCGCAGUAAAGAGAAAGAGAGAGGGAUACUUAAAAGUCUUAGUGGGCUAAGUGCACUGCUGUUUAACAAAAGUGGGUCUGGAACAAAUAAGAAAGAUGUCCAGCCAGAACCCAAUACAGCAACCACAAACAGUAAAGGUAAUGGGGGCUUCUUUGGCUUAUCUGUCAAAAAACAGCAAAUGACGCCUUCAGAAAAUGUUGACCCUACCACAAAUGAUAAUCAUUUCUUUGCAACAAUAGGACAAGCUUUUGAUAGGCUACCAAAGCUGAAAAAUUCUCUCCUGUUCUCGAUCUCUGCACCUAAACCUCCACAUCAACAGGAGUCUACAUCUGUAAUAGACAGAAUAUCUGAAUCAGAGAGGCCCCGUAUGAGUUCAUCUUUUGGUGACAGUAUCUUUGGGAAGAUUGAUCAAGCCUUGGAUCCAAUACCACGAGUAAAGAGAUAUCUUCAUUUCUCACAAAGUAGGUCAUAUCCUCCAAUUCAAGCUCCACCUCAUUCUGCUGAAGAGGAAAUCAUCUCUAAUGAAGUUGUAAAAACUGAAUCAAAGAAUUGCACUUUCUCUACUGAGGAUGAUGCCAGGGCAACCACUAAAGGAACUAAAGGAGAUGAUUUCUUUGGUCAGAUAGAUACAUCCUUUGAUGACCUACCAAAAGUAAAACGAUAUGUUCAGUUUUCACCAUCUGUAUCACAACUCUCAAAUCAUUCAACAUCUUCAACAUCAGUUAACCAAGUGGUUAGGUCUGAGGUAGUGUCAAAAACAGAAUCCCCAUCUGACUCGAUCAGUAUUUUCUUUGAGGGACGAAGUAUAUCACUACCUGCAAUACCAAAGGUACAGAGAUAUGUCCAGUUCACGCAAUCUGAGCCUAGAACUGUGCAUGAGCUCACUCCAGAAAUUAAGGGAGACAGUUUCUUAGGGCAAAUGCCUAUAUCCUUUGAUGACGUGCCAAAAGUAAAACAAUAUGUUCAGUUUUCAUUAUCUGAAUCACAACUCUCAAAUAAUUCAACACCUUCAACAUCAAUUAACCAAAUGGCUAAGCCUAAGGGAGAUUCAAAAACAGAAUCCCCAUCUGACACAAUCAGUAUUUUCUUUGAGGGACGAAGUAUAUCACUACCUGCAAUACCAAAGGUACAGAGAUAUGUCCAGUUCACGCAGUCUGAGCCCCGAACUGUGCAUGAGCUCACACCAACCAUUAAGGGAGACAGUUUCUUUGAGCAAAUACCUAUAUCCUUUGAUGAUGUGCCAAAAGUAAAAUCAUAUGUUCAGUUUUCACCAUCUGUAUCACAACUCUCAAAUCAUUCAACAUCUUCAACAUCAGUUAACCAAGUGGUUAGGUCUGAGAUAGUGUCAAAAACAGAAUCCCCAUCUGACUCGAUCAGUAUUUUCUUCGAAGGACGAAGUAUAUCACUACCUGCAAUACCAAAGGUACAGAGAUAUGUCCAGUUCACGCAAUCUGAGCCUAGAACUGUGCAUGAGCUCACUCCAGAAAUUAAGGGAGACAGUUUCUUAGGGCAAAUACCUAUAUCCUUUGAUGACGUGCCAAAAGUAAAAUGCCAUGUUCAGUUUUCAUUAUCUGAAUCACAACUCUCAAAUCAUUCAACACCUUCAGCAUCAAUUAACCAAAUGGCUAAGCUUAAGGGAGAUUCAAAAACAGAACCCCCAUCUGACACAAUCAGAAUUUUCUUUGAGGGACAAAGUAUAUCACUACCUGCAAUAUCAAAGGUACAGAGAUAUGUCCAGUUCACGCAAUCUGAGCCUCGACCUGUGCACGAGCUCACUCCAGAAAUUAAGGGAGACAGUUUCUUAGGGCAAAUACCUAUAUCCUUUGAUGAAGUGCCAAAAGUAAAGAGACACAUUCUGUUCUCACAAUUGGAAUCUCAUUGCCAAACUUUAUCACCAUACCAUCCAUCAAAGAAAAAAUAUUCACUAACUGAUGAGCAAAUAUCACAGGAAAUAAAAACAUCUCUGGUAACUAAAGAUCAUGCCAAACCUCACAAUGUUGGAGAUAAUUUCUUUGGACAAAUAGCUGCCUCACUGGAUGGAGUGCCAAAAGUCAAGAAGUACAUUCAGUUCACACAGUCUGAAGUAUUUUCUGAAACUCUGUCACCAUACGUUCCCUUAAAUGAGAUGCUACCAACCAUACGAAAAGGCACAGAAGUGAAGAGAAAUAAUCUACCAUCUAAAGAUUGUAAUCCAGUUGUUGAUGAAUACAAUAUCAUUGGACAAAUAGGUGUGCUCUUUGAUGGUAUACCAAAAGUAAGGAGAAGAAUUCAAUUUACAGAACAUUCACCUCAGCCUCUUGAGUCACAGCCUCCGUCCUCACUCAAACAACGAGUGACACCUGCGGUCACAGCAAAAGGAAUAUCGUGUUCCAUAUCUGAUCCAAAAUCAAGCCAGAGCAAAUCUAAUUUCUUUGAUGUUAUCCACGUAUCCCUUGAUAAUAUACCAAAGGUUAACAGAUCUCUUCAGUUUACACAGUUGGAAGCUGAACCUUCAAAUCAGUCAGUCCCUUCAUUCUUUGGACAAAUGGAUACAUCUUUUGAUGAAGUCCCAAAAGUAAAAAGAUACAUUCAGUUCAUAAAAUCUAAACCUCAACCUUCAGCUCAGUCUCCUUCAACAUCUGUAAUUACAGAAUGUGUCACAGCAGAGUUCUCAACAAAAAUGCAGUCUAAAAGAUCCGAGGCUGAACUAAGUCCAUCCAUUAAGGGAGACUAUUUAUUUAUGCAAAUAGGUACAUCUCUUCAUGAAGUGCCAAAAUUGAAGAGAUACAUUCAGUUCACACAAUCUGAGCUUCAACCUUCGUCACCCUCAUUGCCUGUAAUUACAGAAUGUGUCACACCAGAGCUACUGCCAAAAAUGCAGUCUACAAGAUCUGUGGAUAAAUUAAGUCCCACCAUUAAGGGAGAUGAUUUCUUCGGUCAAACAGGUACAUCAUUUGUUGGAAUGCCAAAGGUGAAACGAUACAUUCAGUUCACGCAAGCUGAACCCCACAUACAACCUCCGCUGUCGCACUCUUUAACCAACAUGACAGAAAAAACAAUACGUCCUAGCUCAGAAUUAAAGAAGAAAGAUUUAGCAGCUGAAGCUUACAUCCAACCAGCUGCUGGUGAACACAAUUUCUUUGGACCAAUUGGUGCAUCCUCUGGGAUACCAAAAGUGAGAAGAUACAUUCAGUUCUCACAGCGUUCUACUCAGCCUUCAUCUGUGUCUUUACACAGACAAAUAGUUACACCAGUUUUGACAAAACUAGAAUUAGGGAGGUCCAGUUCUUCACCUGUUGAUAGCAAGUCAAAUAAUGAAGACACUUUCUUUAAGAAAAUGGAUGCAUCUAUUAGUGAGCUGCCCAAGGUGAAGAGAUAUAUUCGGUUCACACAAACACAUUCAGCUCCACCAAAGUCUUCAAACACCCAUGGAGUCAUAGUUGAUGUAGCAAAGGAAAGAGAAUUAUGGGGAUCGGAUUUAUCCAGGGUUGCCAUCAAACCUCCUGCACCAAGGGUACCAAGGGUACCAAGGGUACCAAGGGUAAAUAGAUACAUUCAGUUUACACAAUCUGACCCUUCUCCCUCAAGUCAGUCACAAUCUCCAACUGAGAAAAUGACCAAAAAAGAAUGGAAGACGUUAGGCUCCUCAAUCAGUAAUGAUGCUAAAUCAAGCACAAAAGACACUUUCUUUGAUGGAAUAUCAGCAUCUCUUGAUAAUAUACCAAAGGUAAAGAAAGCUCUUCUGUUUACACAAUCCGAGAAUCAGAAUUCAAAUCAGACGGAAGUCCCACAAAAAGUCAAACCUCAACUAGUGACAAAAUCAGAAUCUGUUAGUUCCAGUUUGUUUUCUGACAAAGAUGUCCUUCCAAAAAAACAAGACAACUUCUUUGGGCCACUUGGUGUAUCCCUUGAUGAAGUUCCCAAGGUAAAUAAAUAUAUUAAAUUUUCACAAUUUGAAGCUUAUCCUCCAACUCAGUCUUCUGUAAACAUCAAAGGAGAUCAAUCUCAAUCGUCAUUUUUCAAACCCCAAAUAGUCACACCAGUGUUGGCAACAAAAACAGAGUCUAGUAGUGCUGAUUCUUCAUUCGAGAAAAAACACAGAACAGAUAUUAAGGGUGACACUUUCCUUGGACAAACAGACACAUCUUUUGAUGAAGUGCCAAAAGUAAAAAGAUACAUUCAGUUCAUAAAAUCUGAACCUCAACCUUCAACUCACUCUCCCACAACAUCUAUAAUUACCGAAUGCAUCACACCAGAGUUCUCGACAAAAACACAGUCCACAACAUCCGAGGCUGAAGUAAGUCCAUCCAUUAAGGGAGAUGAUUUCUUCAGUCAAACAGGUACAUCAUUUGUUGGAAUGCCAAAGGUGAAAAGAUACAUUCAGUUCACGCAAGCUGAACCCCACAUACAACCUCCGCUGUUGCACUCUUUAACCAACAUGACAGAAAAAACAAUACGUCCUAGCUCAGAAUUAAAGAAGAAAGAUUUAGCAUCUGAACCGGCCUCUGAUGAACACAAUUUCUUUGGACCAAUUGGUGCAUCCUCCGAGAUACCAAAAGUGAGAAGAUACAUUCAGUUCUCACAGCGUUCUACUCAGCCUUCAUCUGUGUCUUUACACAGACAAAUAGUUACACCAGUUUUGACAAAAUCAGGAAGGACCAGUUCUUCACCUGUUGAUAGCAAGUCAAAUAAUGAAGACACCUUUUUUAAGAAAAUGGAUGCAUCUAUUAGUGAGCUGCCCAAGGUGAAGAGAUAUAUUCGGUUCACACAACAACAUUCAGCUCCACCAAAGUCUUCAAACACCCAUGGAGUCAUAGUUGAUGUAGCAAAGGAAAGAGAAUUAUGGGGAUCGGAUUUAUCCAUGGUUGAUGUCAAAGCUCCUGCACCAAGGGUACCAAGGGUAAAUAGAUAUAUUCAGUUUACACAAUCUGAACUUUCUCCCUCAAGUCAGUCACAAUCUCCAACUGAGAAAAUGACCAAAAAAGAAUGGAAGACGUUAGGCUCCUCAAUCAAUAAUGAUGCUAAAUCAAGCACAAAAGACACUUUCUUUGAUGGAAUAUCAGCAUCUCUUGAUAAUAUACCAAAGGUAAAGAAAGCUCUUCUGUUUACACAAUCCGAGAAUCAGAACAAAACAACAGCAAAUGAUAAAUCCAAUAAUGCUGCAGAUAAUUUAUUUGGAUCUUUAGAUUUAUCUAUUAGUCAACUACCAAAAGUGAAAAGGCAUGUUCAGAUCAUGCAAUCAGAACCUUAUCAGUCAUCUCCAGUGCCAUUAAAGUAUUUAAGUCACUCAAAAUUGGAAAGCAAACAAAGUUUCCCAUCUGAGGAGGAAUUCAAACUUACUACAGAGGAAAAUGAUUCCUUUGGCCGAAUAGAUGGAUUACCAAGGCUAAAUAGAUACAUUCAGUUCAGGCAGUCUGAACCUCAUAUCCAAACUUUGUCCCCAUCUAGCUCAUCCCAAAAGUGGGGAUCAAUGAAUAUAGGAACAGAAUCAAGGACGUUCAAGACAAAUGUAACACCAGCAAGGCCAAAAAAGUCUCUCGCGCUUACAUAUUCUGACCAAUAUGAUCAAAAUCAGCCCCUUUCACGGAUACAAGAUGCAUCAUCUGCAGUGAAAGUGACUACAGAAACUAGUAGGCUAAACCAACUUCCUGAGCCAAAGAGAUAUCUGUUCUCAUCAAACCUAGAUGGGCAGCCAGAUGACGCAUUUAUUCAAGUAGAAGAGGUAUUCAGACGGACAAGUUCAAAUACCUCAUCUGGUGACAAGAAAUAUGCAAACACACAAGGAUCAAGCAGUAGGGCACCGUUAUCUACAACAGAAUCUGAGACCAUAUUAGAAUCAAAGUUGUCUGGUUUGGGUGCCUUGUCCAAUGAAAGGGCUGCUUUGCAAACAAGAAAGCAUCUCGUUAUGGACCCUGCGCUUCAGGACGUAUCCCAAUCCAUCAGUAAUAAACUUGCAGCUUCUUCAGGAGACGAUGAUUCUAGAGAGUAUCUAAGAGACAGCUCUCUGGCCCGUGAAAGGCAGGAACGAAGAAGAUUAUUGUUUCAGCAGAAGAGGCGAGCAAUGGAUGGGUUCAGUUUGACCUCUGAGUCUUUCACAUCUCAGGAAAGUGAUCAGUAGGGAAGCUUGUCAGUUAAAAAUGGAGGAAGAUCCACUUCCUACUGAACACAGGGUGUCUACAGGAAGUAAAAGGACUGCAAACUUCAAGGAAGUAGAUGCUUCAGAAUCUGACAGGAGUAUCUCAUCCCUCAGAUCCAAGUCCUGUGCGUGCUUUGAGAUUGAUGGGAUUCAAGACGACGUUUGAGGUGUCUUUAAUAUAUCCUACACUAUUUAACUAUGUAAAAAAGACUGUAUAAUUUUAUACAUCAAUGUACGUAUGUUUAAGUAAAUCACAAUAGAAUACUGAUUUUAGAAACAGAAAAUUUCACUGAGACUAAAUUGCUAUUUAGUUACUUUUCAUUUACUUCUGGUGAGACACUAAAUAUACAAACAUGCACACUGACUGCAAAGGGUCUUUCACAGUUAUAUAAAUUCAUUUUAGCAUUUAUCUUAUUUCCCUUGUCUUUUUAUUAUUUUUUGGAUAUUGUUCCCAAGACACAUUAUAAAACAAACAAGAAGGAAUGUAUAUAAAGAUUAAAUGUCUAUCGCAAAGCAAGUCAGAAUUAAAAACUAAACACACUUUGGAAAUGUAUGGUUUUUAUCUUAAUAUUAUUAGAAUUAUUACAAUAGAAGAGCAUGCUUGGGUCUUAGAUAGCAGCAUAUACCUAGCACAGGAAAGAAAAGAAAAUAGAGAAAACGUAUAAAAGAUUAAAUGGCACAAAUCGUUAACAAACCUCUUUAUAUACUGAAUGUAGAGAUAGGUUACAGUGAAAACAGACACAUAUACACACAUCCAUACAUAUAUAUACAGUCAGAUGAGAUAGUCAACCAAGCCUCCCUGCAUUAGCCAAGACUGCUAGCAAAACGGUCUUAGCAACAGUCGUAACACAGAGAUCUGAUAAUCGAACACUGCCACAGGAACACAAGUACCUAUAACGAUGUUAAGUUAUAUUAUCUCCAGAUUGCACGUCAUGGUCCUUCGCCGCCAAAUACUGAUUAUAACCUAAUUCAAAAAUGUUUCACCUUUACAAAAUUGUUUGCUUUGUGCAAAACGCAGGG